AAAGGAGACACAAAAUAAUGGGUUCUUUUAUUAAGGAGAAAAUUCAUGAGAAGCAGGAGAUGCAAACAAACGUCUAUAUUUGUGCCCUAGAAAGACAAUUGUUAACAUACAGCUAUAAAAUCAAUGUAGGUGGCAUAGCUCUCAUACAUUGUAGGGAUAUUGUCUGAAACUCAAGAGGCAACAAAUGAGAAAUUACCACAAGGGAUCUUUUUUCCUGGAGAAAAUUCAAGGACUGCAGUAAAAGUCUCCAAUUGCACUCUAUUAAAGCUCAUCACUGUCUAGAAACAACUGAGAUAUUAAAGUGAUCCAAUUUAGGAUUAAACUAAAUGAAAACAAGAUAACAAGAAAUACAGUGGCAGGUUGAGUCAUAUCUGUUUGAUUGACCUGUAAUAACCCCAACUUUUCUAAACAGAUCCAGUUUGCACUGUAACAAAACAUUGUGUUUCUCCACACAGAAAGAACUGGUUUGACUUGUUGGCUACUAGGGGGCAUGUAAUGUAGGCUUUCCUGCUGUCACAGUUUCCAGUGCCUGCUAGUUGAGAGGGAGUCUUUAUCUGUUUCUCCAAGCUGUGUAGCACAUGGAGGUGCAUGUCUUCUUUUUCCGAAGUCUGGCUUAAACAGAUUCACUCUGGGGCGACUCUGAAUUGUCUUUGUGGGAAGGUUUCUCACACAGCUCCUGCCGGUGUACACAGAGAUGGCCAUGGUGAGCGGGGGAUGGGCCAACCCCAACGGCAACACUAAUGGACUCAGUGAGAAGGGUUACCUGCGGGGGGAGGAGGACGGCAGCUCGCCCCGGGCAGGGAACAGCGACGUGGAAGGUGGCGAGGAGGACAAGGCCUGUGUGGUGGACUGUGUGGUGUGUGGGGACAAAUCUAGCGGGAAACACUAUGGUGUUUUCACCUGCGAGGGGUGUAAGAGUUUCUUUAAAAGGAGCAUCAGGCGUAAUCUCAACUACACCUGCAGAUCAAACCGUGAGUGCCAGAUCGAUCAGCACCAUCGUAACCAGUGUCAGUACUGUCGUCUGAAGAAGUGCUUCCGGGUCGGUAUGAGGAAAGAAGCAGUCCAACGUGGACGUAUCCCUCCUUCCCAUGCAGGCAUCAGUCCUGCCUCCAUGGUUGGAGUGGGUGGGGAGGGUGGAGGAGCUCCAGGCAUGGGUGCUGAUUACUUCAACGGUCAGCCUGUUUCUGAACUGAUCUCUCAGCUCCUGAGAGCAGAGCCCUACCCCAACAGCCGCUACGGGGCCCAGUGUGGCCAGCAGCUCUCCGGGGCCAACAGUUCCAUUAUGGGCAUAGACAACAUCUGUGAGUUGGCAGCCCGGCUGCUAUUUAGUACCAUAGAGUGGGCCCGGAACAUUCCGUUUUUCCCUGACCUGCCUGUGUCGGAGCAGGUGGCCCUUUUGAGGCUCAGCUGGAGCGAACUGUUCAUUCUAAAUGCAGCUCAGUCUGCUCUGCCCCUCCACACUGCCCCUCUGUUAGCAGCUGCUGGCUUUCACUCCUCCCCCAUGGCUGCUGACCGCGUCGUGUCCUUCAUGGACCAGGUGCGGGUGUUCCAGGACCAGGUGGACAAACUGACGCGACUACAGGUUGAUUCUGCCGAAUACAGCUGUCUUAAAGCCCUUGCCCUAUUCUCACCAGAUGCGUGUGGGCUGUCAGACCCGGCACACAUUGAAAGCCUGCAGGAGAAAGCUCAGGUGGCCCUCACCGAGUACGAGCGCAUGCAGUAUCCGGGUCAGCCCCAGCGCUUCGGCCGACUCCUGCUCCGACUACCCGCCCUGAGGGCUGUGCCCGCUAACCUCAUCUCUCAGCUCUUCUUCAUGCGGCUAGUUGGUAAGACGCCCAUCGAGACGCUUAUCCGGGACAUGCAGCUCUCGGGAAGCUCCAUCAGCUGGCCAUACGUGCCCGGACAGUAGAUGAACAAUCAGAGGAGCUGAUCCCAUGUCCCAUCUCAGGCCUUUUCCUAUGAUUCCACAGUACCUGUGUGGAAAGAUGAUGGUCUUGUGUUUCGGUACUUCUGUAUAUACCGCAUAAUUAAAAAGAUGAUGCAUGUUCCUAUGCAGUUUAAUUGAGACACCUAGAUACAGGAUACCUCAAGUUUUAAUAAUUACUGAAGGACUCAUGCAGAGGUUCUAUGGCAUACGUCACACGUUUGACAAGAGGAAUGAUAUACUUAAGACUGAUUAAGGUGUCAGCAGGAAGUUAUCGAUAUCUCAGUGUGCAAAUACAAGACACUCAUCCAAAGCUUUUAAGAAGAGUUAAUGGUACCUUCUUAUUGAGAGAGCAAAGUGAACUAUUUUAAAAGUAGUGUAGAUGUACAUUAAGAAUCUUUAUUAAGGAAUGUAAUUUUGAGUCCAAGAAGUUGAGAUAUAUACUGUAUACUUAAAAGAUCAGUGGUGGGCUGUAUAUGACUAUGCUUGGAAUGGAAUACUAGCAUAUUGCUUAUUGUGUACUACACAGAAUAUACUGCAUACUGCCUAUUGUUUUUCAUAGUAUGUGAAUAUGACUUAGUAUUGUAACAUGACAUAAAUACAUGUUUAAUUUUGCAAGUGGAGUCCAGUUAUAAACUUAGAAAUAAAUACAUUUAUUAUACAGUUAUAUUGUGGAUGCUAUUCUGGUUAAAUACACUGGAUAUGGAAGGUCAAGUCAAGUGCAUUGGAUUGUGUAGAUAUAAACAUAGAAGGUAAUCCAGGUAAAAUUGGCAAAACUAUGCACAGUAUACAUUAUAUAUAUUGCAGAUAUAGUACGUGAUAUGGUAGCUUACUAUUUUGAACAUAGUAAAAGAAGCCCUUGUUUUGGAUUGUCUUGUUUAAACAGUUCUAUUCACUUUUUUAAUGGGGCAAACAAAUAGUAGAACAUUUUCAAAGUAUCAAAUAUUUUUGCAUAUUAAAAAUAAAAAUGAAUGAUAAAUAAA